AUGAAGUUUACACUCUUUGUGUUGCUGAUUACAGUAGCAAUUACUGUAGCUCAAGACUACGAAUGUGAUUUUGUAAGUUUACUUUCUGCUUUUUAACGUUGUUUUACAAUUAAAACAUACGAUAUAUACCAUUUAAUAUGCAUUAUAUUACUCUGCUUUGUCUGUGUUACAGUCUGUAAUGUCAUAUCAUGCCAAUAUAGUGUUGUAAUAGGUUAAAGUACUGCUUUUCUGACAAGAUAUAUUUUCUCUUCAUUACUUUAAUAUAAAACACGGAAUUACCUGGUCAUGAUAUGUUUACUAUAACAUGGACGGUACGCUUUGAGGGCUUUUAUUACAGCAUUGAAGCAGAUAGUUUAAUAAUAUUGUUGUUUUCAAGUCUAAUUUAAUAGCGUUCGAUGAUAUUACUAGGUAACAAGGAUCAAUUUGGUACAAAGUCUUAUGUACAUAGCUGUAUACUAAGGUACAUUGUAUUAACGAAAAGUAAUUUAAUAUAUAUAAAUGUAAAAUGAAUUGAUCUACGUCUUGACCAUGAUAUCUUUGCUUCUGCUGUCCCAUUCGACUUUUUAUACCACUAUAAAAUGGCAUUUUCAGUUCCUAGACACGAUAGAAGAAUGUAACGGUGUCUACAGAAAAGCCGAUUCCUACGAUCUUGAGCUGAACGCUCAGUUCGAGAAUGACAUGAGGCUGUACUACAUUGCCAGAAACAGUGGUCUACCAGCAGUCCGACCCAAAUUCCCCAACUUUUGCCGAGAAAAAUGCUACGGUAACGGUCUGGACGACUUCAGAAGAAGAUUGUUCAGAAGAAGAUACUAG